UCCUCCGUCCGGGGUGGCGGAUCCUCAACCACGCUCACCCAGUCCUACACUCCCAUCCGGGGCUCGGCCAACCGGGUCACCCUCCUGACCCUGUACUUCAUGCACGCGAUGGGUCGCUCGGAGCACACUAUCGAGCUGGGCUAUGUGCUCGCCCGUACAUUCACCAAGGCCUGCGCCGGCCAGGAUCACCACCUUGUCUGUGGCCCGGUGAUCACCGCCCUGGCCCGCUACUACAGGUUCGACACUACUGGGAUGACCAUGGUCCGCGCAGCGACCCCAUUCAGUGAGGCCACCCUCCGACAUCAGCACAUGCUUGUGCGUGAGGGGCGUUUGGCAUGGAUUGCGGGUCUCCCUCGACCGCCUGCACCUGAACCUGCCGGGGACGACCAGCAAGAUUCGAGCGCUGCUGGGGGGCGGUGGGUCCCCCGCCGUCCUGUUCGCCGUGCCUUGGCCCCUGCGAGCCCCUCCUCCAUUGCUGACCAGUUGGCGGCUAUUGCUCAGCAGAACGAGCGCAUUCUGGCCGGCCAGGAGAGCAUUCACCCCCGCCUUGAUCGUGAGCGGGACCGUGGCCGUCGUCUUAUGUCCGGCCAGCACUAUAUCAUGUCUUACCUAGGCCUGGACCCGAACUCGGUCCACUACCCCUUCGUGCCGUCACUAGGGUAUGAGGACGAGUACCCCCCCACCCACCGGCGAUGGUGGCGAUGUGCUCUAGUGAUCUGUGCCUUGGACUGGUCCCCCUUCCAGUCCCCUGCUAUUGACUGGUCUGCCUUCCAGUCCCCGUUCCUGAUCUUCAUUUCGCGGUAACAUCGUUCCCCUUCCCUCGACUCCAUUGCGGACACUGUGGCAUUUAAGUGUGUGUGGGGGGGGGGGGUUCUUUGUAUUCAUUGGAACAUAUAUAUGUGUGAUUGGAGCCUAGUCCGAUGUCCAAAUCUCGAGAUUUGAGGGCUCCAAGUAUUGUUGUUUGCUUGAUCGUAUUGGCACUAUGGAUUUGAUUGGUGAAUCGAACGGCUUUCGAAUUAAUGCAUGACAAAUUGAUUGUAACUAGGACAGCCUAUAAUGAUGACUAAGAUGUGCAGUCGAAUUGUGUAGGGGUUUAGUUUUUCAACUGUUUGCUUACCAACUGUGACUUGGAUUGAUCACUUGUUCUUGACAGUCGUUUAUGCAUCUAGUUUAGGGAAUCAGAAUGGGAGAUAGAUCAUAUAGGUAGCCAUGUGAGAUUUGAGCCUGCUCGUUUCUUUCUUGUGCGAUAGUUCCCUCUUCCAUGAUGUGUAGCAUUCACGUUGUCACUAGCUAAGAUGAUGGAGGCAUAGGAUUAGCCCACGACCAAAUUGAC